GACUCAAUGCAGAACAAGCCUAAAUGAAGUAAGGACAAACAGAGAAUGAGCUUUAAAUUCCUGUGUCAAAGUACAAAACAUCAAAUAUGACAUAGCCCAAACUGACGGAAACUUAUGAGAUGAACUGUAUAGCAGCUACAGCAUGUUGUCAAUAAGGAUCACUAUUCUCAGGAUACUGAAAGGUGACUUUGCCAUCAGAAAUGAAAGUGACCGCAUUCCUGCACCAGAGACAGUUCUAUUUCCAGAAGACCAUCUUGUCAUGGAGUGGGAACAGGAGUACCAUGUGGGGGCUGGUCUCACUAACCUGGGCAACACCUGCUUUCUGAAUGCAACACUUCAGUGCCUGACAUAUACACCUCCACUUGCCAACUAUCUCUUAUCAAAGAAACACACACAGUCUUGUAAGAAAUAAAAUUACUUGUCUCUCAA